AACAUGCCGAAGUUUUGUGCCGUCUUCGGCUGUUCCAACCGUUCAAACAGAGAAAAAAACAAGAGCUUCUUUCGAGUCCCGAAAGUUGUGACUCAUAGAAGUGAAAAAUAUAAACAGCUGACUGAAAAACGGCGACAGACUUGGAUUAGAAACCUCCGUCUGAAGUCCAGAGGAGCGGAGUCUGUCAAUGCUCGAGUCUGCAGUGACCACUUUGUUAAAGGCUGCCCAAGUGCUGUUUAUGAUGAAGAGGAUGAAGACUGGGCCCCUACGGUUCGCCUCGGUUAUAACAGAGAAACAACAGUGACCGAGGCCUCAGGGAAACGGGAAGAACGGUCCGGGGUUAGAAGGAAGACCCCGCUGGACCCUGGUGAGGACUCUCAGAGCCCUUUACCUGUCACAGUGAGUCACAUGACCCCCAGCCUGACAGCGCUAUCCCACUCCACCAAUCAAGACCUUCAACUCAACAAGAGUUUUCUCUCCUUUCAUGGCAGCUUUGUCUUUCCUGCAGAUGUCCAGCAGCUGUUAGUGUGUAAAGAAGAGCCACCUGAGGAGCAGGAGUGGAGCCCAGGUCUGGAUCAGGAGGACAUGAAGCCUCAGCACAUUAAAGAGGAACAGGAGGAACUGUGGAGCAGCCAGAAAGGAGAGCAGCUUGAAGGGCAUGAAGAAACUGAUAUAAUAAAGUUUAGGUUCAGUCCAGCCCCUGUGAAGAGUGAAGAUGAUGAAGAGAAACCUCAGUUUUCACAGCUUCAUCAAAUACAAAUUGGACAAAUGGAAACAGGAGCUGAUGGAGAGGACUGUGGAGGAUCAGACCAGGCCAGAAACUCAGAUCCAGAGAGACAUUUACAAUCAGAGAUUGAGGUCACAAUUGAAGGGUCUUCUGACCCUGAGACUGAUGACAGUGAUGAAUGGAAGGAGACAAGAGAACAUCAGUCAGGUUUAAAUUCAGAGGAAAGCAUCAAACAUAAGAAACCAAAGACUGAUAAGAAAUCCCAUAGUUGCCCUGAGUGUGGAAAACUAUUUAAGUUUAAGUCAAGUCUGACAGCUCAUAUGGUAAAUCACAGAGGAGAGCAACUCUUCAGCUGCUCUGAAUGUGGUCAGAGAUUUAACAGAAAAGCUCAUCUGACGCAACAUAUGAGAAUUCACACAGGAGAGAAACCUUUCAGCUGCUCCGAGUGUGGUAAGAACUUUAACCAAAAAGGAAAUCUGACCACACAUAUGUUGGUUCACAGUGGACAGAAACCAUUUUGCUGUGUUGUUUGUGGUAAAAGAUUUACCCAGCAAGGAAGUUUGAUCAAACAUAUGGCUGUACACACUAAAGAGAAACCGUUUGGCUGCUCUGAGUGUGGUAAAAUAUUUAGCCUUAAAGGUCAGCUGACACAACAUAUGAGAAGUCAUACAGGAGAAAAACCUUUUAGCUGCAGUGAGUGCGGUAAACGAUUUACCCAGCAAGGAAGUAUGAAUAGACACAUGAAAAUUCACUCAGGAGAGAAACCCUUCUGCUGUUCUGAGUGCAACAAAAAAUUUAAACAAAAGCUGUAUCUGACACUUCACAUGGCACAUCACAGAGGGGAGAAGCCAUUACACUGCAGUGUGUGUGACCAAAGAUUCUCUUGGCAUAGUACGUUAAGAAAUCACAAGUGUCUUAGCAGUAAGCCACUAGAACUCAAUGGAAACCAUGCAGAGGAGAACAUGGAAGCACAAUCAGGAGCAGAACAAGAGGACUGUGAAGGAUUUGAUCAUGCUGGGAUCUCAGAUCCAGAUAGGAAUUUACAACCAACAACAGAUGUCAAACCUGAACAUAGUGUUGAUGAUUGGACAGAGUCUAAAAAAGAAAACAUUGAAGAUAAUAGACUAGACAAUGACAGUAAAUCACAUAGAUGCCCUGACUGUGGUAAGAAUUUUAAUCAAGAAGGUCACCUUAUAGAUCAUAUGAGAACUCACACAGGAGAGAAACCCUUCAUCUGCCCUGAGUGUGGUGAAAGAUUUACCCAACAAGAUUGUAUGACCAAACACAUGAGAAUCCACUCAGAAGAGAAACCUUUUGGCUGCUCAGAGUGUGGUAAAAGAUUUGGUAUCAAAACUAAAUUGAUACAACAUAUGAGAGGUCACACAGAAGAGACGCCUUCUUGAUGGUCCAAAGAGAUAUUUUCAACCAGAGACUAAAGUCAUAACCAGAGGUGGAAAAAGGACCAGACUAUUGUACUCAAGUAAAAGUACAUUUACUCUGAUUUAAAUUUACUUGAGUAGAAGUAAAAGUUCUGAUCUGUAAGUCUAGUACUCAAGUAAAAAUAAGUAAUUUAAAAUUUACUCAAAGUACUGAGUACUGACUAGCUACUUUUGAUACCCAAGGGGCUUUCACUUGGAAAUAUGACCUGUCCUUAAUGUGUAAUAACAACAAGAAAAUAUCUGAGUAUAUGUAACAAGUUACUUUCCACCCCUGGUCAUAACAGACUGCUCUGAACCUGAGACUGGCGGUGUACAUAAGUAAAACUUACUCUCUCAAAUUUUUGACAUUAAGUUGUAUAGUAUUUUCACCAUUUUUAUAAGUCUUAAAACAAGACUAAAAAACAAUGUAACUUAAAAAUGUGAACUGUACACAUAAAAAUGUGCUUGAUUACACUAAAAGAGAUUUAAAAAGGACACAUUUUUUCUGCUCUUUAGUCCUUUUUGUAUUCUCAUUUUAAUUGUGAAUAUGUUUGUAAAUUAUUUGGAAAUGAUUUCCUUAUUGUGAUCAUUUGAAACUUAACAAAAUGAAGAUAAACACAUUUAUUUUAAAAUGUACAAAAUCUCUUUUCUCACAUCAUCUAAUGUUAUAAACAUUUAUCCUUCUUGUGAUUUGUUUUCACAUAAAGCUCAUGUGAUUACAUCCUGUCAAUUUUCUGA